CGGGGGAUACCCCAGGAGAUGGUGGUCGAGGUCAGACCCCAGGGACUAGAGAGAGGGAGACUCACUCCCCAGAUCCCGGACCCGCCCCAAACUAGGUUCUAACAUAACUUAUCCUCUCAUGCUUUUUCCCUGCCCCUUCUCCCCAAAUCAUCAACAGUAGAAAAAGAAGAAGGAAACAUGUCAGGACACAAAUGCAGUUACCCCUGGGACUUGCAGGAUCGGUAUGCUCAGGACAAGUCCGUGGUGAAUAAGAUGCAGCAGAAGUACUGGGAAACGAAGCAGGCCUUUAUUAAAGCCACAGGGAAGAAGGAGGAUGAACACGUUGUGGCCUCUGACGCAGACCUGGAUGCCAAGCUGGAGCUGUUUCACUCAAUUCAGAGAACCUGUUUGGACUUGUCUAAAGCAAUUGUACUCUAUCAAAAGAGGAUAUGUUUCUUGUCUCAAGAAGAAAACGAACUGGGAAAAUUUCUCCGAUCCCAGGGCUUCCAAGAUAAAACCAGAGCAGGAAAAAUGAUGCAAGCGACAGGAAAGGCCCUCUGCUUUUCUUCCCAGCAAAGGUUGGCCUUGCGAAAUCCUUUGUGUCGAUUUCACCAAGAAGUGGAGACUUUUCGGCAUCGGGCCAUCUCGGACACUUGGCUGACGGUGAACCGCAUGGAGCAGUGCCGGACUGAAUACAGAGGGGCAUUAUUAUGGAUGAAGGACGUGUCACAGGAGCUUGAUCCAGACCUCUACAAGCAAAUGGAGAAGUUCAGGAAGGUACAAGCACAAGUACGCCUUGCCAAAAAAAGCUUUGACAAAUUGAAGAUGGACGUGUGUCAAAAAGUGGAUCUCCUCGGAGCGAGCAGAUGCAAUCUCUUGUCUCAUAUGCUAGCAACAUACCAGACCACUCUGCUUCAUUUUUGGGAGAAAACUUCUCACACUAUGGCAGCCAUCCAUGAGAGCUUCAAAGGUUAUCAGCCAUAUGAAUUCACUACAUUGAAGAGUUUACAAGACCCUGUGAAAAAACUGGCUGAGAAGGAAGAAAGAAAGAAGGUUGCCCGGCAGGAGCGCGCCGAGGCCACAGCGGAGGAGCCCAGCCAGUUAAUUUCAUUAGAAGAAGAAAACCAGCACAAGGAGUCCUCUAAUUUUAAGACUGAAGAAGGAAAAAGUGAUUUCUCUGCCUUAGACAAGCGCUCUCCACAUAAUGCAUGCUCAGAUGAUCUAGUAAACAUGACACCCGAGGAAGGUGCUUGCCUGGGCCCGAUGGCUGGGAAUCUGGAACCUGAAGGUGCUGACAAAGAUGACAUGCUGCUGCUGAGUGAGAUCUUCAACGCGUCCUCCCUGGAUGAGGGCGAAUUCAGCAAGGAGUGGGCUGCUGUGUUUGGAGACGGUCAGCUGAAGGACCCAGCGCCCACCAUGACCCCAGGAGAGCCAGACCUCAAGCCCCAGACAGGCUCAGGAUUCCUUCCUUCACAGCUUUUAGACCAAAAUAUGAAAGACUUAAAGGCCUCGCUGCAAGAGCCCGCCAAGGCUGCCUCGGACCUGACUGCCUGGUUCAGCCUCUUUGCUGACCUCGACCCCUUAUCAAAUCCUGACGCCGUGGGAAAAACCGAUAAAGAACAUGAAUUGCUCAAUGCAUGAGUCUGCGGCCUCGGGCAGGGAGCCCACGUGCGCUCCUCAGCAGCACCCCGGGAGGCGCGCAGGCGGAUCACGUGAUCAGUAUGCUGUUUUACUAUUUCCGUGCCAUUUUAAUAAAGCGAAAGGGUCCAAGG